CUGCACACAUUUUACAGCGCACUGGAGUUGGCUACAAACAAGGGCACGGCACUGGAUUAGCGAGUGGAAAGCAAACACUGUUGACUGCAUGAUAUUUGUAUUGUUAAUAUUAUAAGAUUACUUAAGCUUUGGUGGAACACUCACGCUAUCACCUAAUCAAGAGGUAGUCAAAAUGGAGAGCAUUCAGAGAUCGUUGGUGCUUCUUGUUAUUUUCACCGGAUUCUGCUCGUGUUACCACUUGAAGGAAAUCUUGCUAAAGAAAGAGAGCCAAACGUCUCCAGACUUCUGCAGGGAUUUAGAUUGCCCAAAGUUUACUGAGACCUUCACAUCGAAGGAGUACUCCAUUCGUCAGUAUGAGCCAUCUGCAUGGGCCAGUAUAAGAAUCACAGGGAUUGAUAAUGACGCCGCUGGAGAGGAAGCAUUCUUUAAGUUGUUCUCUUACAUCCAGGGAGCGAAUGAAAACGGAACCAAAAUACCUAUGACUGACCCAGUCACAUGCAGCAUCCUUCCAGGUGCAGGACCAGUCUGUGCCAGUGACUUCACUUUCUCCUUCAUGAUCCCUUUCAAGUUCCAGAAGGACACACCCAAACCGACAAACCCUGAUAUAAAACUAACAAAGCUAGAGGCUCACACAGUGUAUGUCAGAGAAUACAGUGGUUUUUCCAACCAAACUAUCUUUCCGAAGGAGGCAGCGGCCCUGGCAGCUGCGUUGAAUAGCAGCCAGACGUACAACGAAACGAUGUACUAUACCGCUGGGUACGACAGUCCAUUCGUCUACAGGAACAGACACAAUGAAAUCUGGUUCUUUGCAACAAAUUCUGAGGAGUGAACUCCCAUCAGAUUGGGAUUAGGAGGACCAGGGCUCAAAUUUACACUGGACCACAGUCCCCAGGCCAAUGGUUUUAGUGUCGAGCCAGUAAUCUUUUGACCAGGGCCCAAUUUCAUAGAGCUGCUAAGCACAACAAUUUACUAAGCAUGAAACUUCUUCCUUGGUAAAAACA